CGGUCGCCCGAGCUCUGGGCAGUCCUUGUGGCGUACCAAGAUGGCUAUACAAACGACACGCUCGCGCUCACACGGUUGCUGCGCUACCAGCAGGCGUACAGCAAGCAGUGCGACUACAGCGCCUUCCACUCGGCCUUUUCAGCGUGGUAUGCGACCCGCGGCGACGAUGGCUUGCGGCAGCUACAAGCGCACUACACGCCCUUCCUCGUGCACUAUGCACUGCGCUACAACUGCGUAUCUGUGCUAUUGCACGUGGCCUCGGAAGCGCAGCUCGGCUACAAGCACAUGCGUCUCGCGCUCGGCUAUGGCCACGCGCCGGUCGUUCGUUUUUUGCUGCAGCUGCCGUCGACGCAUGUCCCGCUCAUGAUGGCCAUCGCAGCCGACCACGGACACGUGUCCCUCGUGCAGCUGCUGCAUGACACCAACGCAGACCCAAGUCACGUCUGGCGAGGCGUCAUGAAGCGAGGUCAUGCGCACGUCGCCCGCUACUUGCUCGCGCAGCCCGACCUGGCGCAGUGGCCUCGGGCCGCACUGCGAUCAGCGCUCAUCGAUGGCCAUUGUGCGCUCGUACAGGUCCUCUACGCAGCGCGCGCGUUCGAGCUCACGACAGACGAAGUGGUGUGUGCGCUUCGAAGUGGCCGCCUCGAGAUGGUGCAAUUCGCAUACGAGCACCGCGCGACGGCCUGUCUGGGUGCUCUCGUGCUUCUGGCCGCGACAGAAGAGACCAUGCACAUCCUCGAAUGGCUCUGUAGUUUGCAAGCGCCCGAGCGACGUCACAUUGAGCGAGCGCUGGACGAGACGACCGACGCGGCCGUGACGUCCUACCUCCACAUGGUCCUGACGCGUCUGUCUCGGGUCGACGCCAGCAGCCCUGACCGCGUCGCAGGGCAUUCCUUGUAGUAAUACGUCUUGAUGCCAUCAACCGCCUCCAGGACCGAGAUGGUAUACUGUGGGGUGCCACAGGCAAAGGAGUUUCUGGGUCCCUUGCGAUAGUCAAUGCAAGAGUACGUACAUUCAACUGCGUUUAUGUACUCUUGAGUCAAGG